AUGACUUCCUUAGAAACUUUAUUCCAAACUAAAUUAGAUUCCGAAUUGGAAUUGGACUCAAAAAUUUUAUUAAAGGACAAUCCUGAUCAUAAUUCCCUGUAUGGUUCAGAUGAUAAAAGUUGUGAAAUGGAAGUAAACUCGAAUGAUGAAAACAUGAAAACAUCUCUUUCCUCUCUUUCCUCUCUGGUAACAACCCCUACAACAUCUGUUAAAAGCUUUAACCAUUCUAUAAAUAGGAGAAGCAAUACAUUUAUCAAAAUGUCUAGCAACAGUCAUAAUAGUAAUCGUGUUACGGGAGGUAAGCCAAUUUCCAUUAGCAGACCAAUUAAAAUGACCCCUAAAAGUCAUCUUACAAUGACCAAACCUCUAUUGGAUAUGAGGGUUAAAGCUAACUCGUAUGGUUAUGGAAAUUAUACUAAUGAUUAUUCGGGUUGGGGAAUAAAUUACAUCAAUUUUCCGUAUCCACACAAUAAUAAUCUUAAUAAAGGUUUUUGUGUAAACAGUAAAUACGCUAAUAGUUACAUUGGCACAAAUAAAUAUCCUAUUCUCGCCAAUCUCGAUCAUGGUCAAAAUUAUUUUAAUCAUCAAAACCCACAAAAUUUUCUUUUUUUGAAUCCUUCUUUUAAUGCAAAAAUUAACUCCUCGGUUAAACCGGGUAUAUUAAGCGUCGAUCAAAAAUAUAUGUCGAGCGGAAAUUAUAACUACAAUGCAUACUGCCAUUAUCCAAAAUUUGAUAGUUUCGGUUACUAUAACAAUAUUAAUUACAAUAAUUAUGGCCUAAGCCGUAAUCACGUGGCUGUCAAUAAUCCCGUUUACAAUAACAGAAACCUAAACAACAUAAAAGGGAUCUACUAUAUCAAAAAUAACUAUGGCGACAUCAAUACCCAUAUUGAUCAACCCUACCCCUCAAAAAAUGAUAAUUGUAAUAAAAAUGUCGUGACCACCACUUAUUUAACAUCAUCUACAAUAAAUUAUAACCCUUAUAAUAUUCAUUUUAAUGCCCCUAAAAAUGGGAUAUAUACCUCUGCGAAUUAUGCAUUAGACUCUGGAUAUAACAAAGUAAAUUCUGCAACCUCUACUAGUAAAGAUUUGCCCGGACUAACGGCUUAUAAAGUUUUGAAUGAGAAGGUUAAAGAGGCUAAAGUGUUUGUCAACGCUAAAGGAGAAUACUUUAAGCUAAAAAACGUUAAAGGAACCAGUUAUGUAGUACCUUUCAGUGCAAACAGUUAUGAACAAGUGGCAGAUUCUUAUUGGGAUAGAGAUCGCUAUUUUGACCAAAGUGUUAGUAAUGAUAAUGGUAAUAAUAUUUUUACUACAUCUAAUGAUAAUGGUUGGAACAGUUCAAUGACUCAACAAAAUUAUAGUUCCUAUGGCGGUCUUGCAUCACCUUUAAAUGUCAAGCUUAGUCAAUAUACCAACUCAGAUGUAAAACGAGAAAGGUACAACUCUAUUGACAAGAACGCCAAUCAUUUAGCAGUCAAACAACAACACCUAAAUCACCAAAUUCCUCAGGUCCAUAAAUGCGCAACUAAUUUACCUAUAAAGCAGAAGGUGGAUAAUAAAAAUGAAAAUCACAUUGUUGCUGAUGAUAAAGGCACCACAACUGCUGUUACGACAAGAACUUCCUUAGACCUAAUAAAUAAUUUUUAUGAGAUAUCUUUAAAUUCAGAACCAGCUCCAAAUAAAUAA